CCCCACGUCCUUAUCUUGCAUCCACCUUUCAUUUAUGUUCUUCUCGUAACAAGAUUUCAAGAGGGUUCCAAGAAAACAGAAUCCAUAAUUUAAAAAUACCCCUAAAAUAACAAGCUUUGUAAUUAUAAAUACUGUUUCUUUCUUUUUCUUUUUGUUAGAUUUCAAUAUACAAAGAAACAGAAAAAAACUAAAGGCAAAUGGGCAACAGUCUGGGAAGAAAAAAGACAACAAAAGUGAUGAAAAUCGAUGGACAAAUCAUGAAAUUCAAGACACCAGUUUAUGCCAACGAGGUUCUAAAAAAUUAUCCUACUAUGGUAUUAUUAGAAUCUGAAGAAGUGAAGCAUUUUGGGGUCAGAGCUAAGCCAUUGGAACCACAACAAGAGUUGAAAUCCAAAAGGCUCUAUUUUCUAGUUGAGUUACCUAAGUAUCCUGAAGAAAAAAACACUAGAAGGAUCCGUUCAGGGAUCCAAAUGAGCGCGAAAGAUCGGCUUGAAACCCUAAUGUUAGCACGAAGAUCUGUGUCUGACUUGUCAACCAUGAAGCCUGCCAGUAUUAUGACUGAAGAGUCAUCACAUCAUAAUAACUUUGCUUCAGGCACACUCUUGAAUAAUAAGACGGAGACCGGUGGUGGGCCCGUUAGGGUAAAGUUAAGGUUGCCUAGAGCCGAGGUGGAGAAGCUGAUGACGCAGAGUAAAGGUGAAGAAGAUGUUGCCGAGAAAAUUAUGCGACUUUGCAUGGCUAACAAUGGUGGCGGUGGCGGUGGCGGUGGUGGUGGUGGAGCAGACAUGUUUCAGAGUAAAAGUGGUCCGUUGUUGGACGAAAAAAAUAAUUGGAAGAAUAAUAAUGGAGGAAUAAUUAAGAAAGGAAUCCGAUCUCGAGAGAAACGUGUAGGAUUCUUGCCAAUAACGGAAGGGGAGAUUCAAUUAGCAGUGAAUUCCUAACAAAAGGAUCAAAAAUAAAAUACAAUAUAUUCAAUGUAUAGUACUAGCUUUUUGCAGUGUGCAAUUUACUCUCCAAAUUCUAAGCUAUUUAUUACUCGUGUUUUAGUUAUUUUGUAUGUAAAGAAUGCAACCCUAGUAUUACCAGGUGUUGUAGUAGAGAAGCAGUUAGGGACUCAUUUUUUAUUUCUUUCA